CCGAGGGUUUUGAGUUUCCUGUUGUGGGCCGCCAGCAGCAGAAGAAUGCCGAACGGGUAUCAAGCAGAUGGGCGCCGGGAUGAUAUCCGAGGAAUGCCGAGCGGGUAUCAAGCGGAUACCGGACGCAUGCCGAGCCGAUGCUGAUCCGGCCCGGCGCUGAGAACGGCCAUCGCCCUGCCGGGGUAUCGGCUUUGGACUCGCGGGGUAUUCGUCGUCUCGGUCGAGCCAGGGCCGCCCCCUGGUGCAAACGGCAUUCGAAAUCCUCGAUUGGGCCCCUCUGCGCUGCGUCGUCGUCGUCCCGCAUCUGCACUCACAUCUGCGUCUCGCCGCCGCUGCCGGCACUGCAUCGACUCUGCAUCGCAUCUGCAUCUCACCGUCGCCAUCGCCAUCGCCAUCGCUAUCGCCAUCGCCGUACUCCUCCUCUCGCCAUGAGUCGCUCGCAUGCAAGAUCCCCAUCUCCGUCUUCAUCCGACGACGACGACGACGGUUCACCCUACCAAAUCACCGAACCGCCAGCGCCUGCCCUCGCCCCGGUGAUUCCGUUCUGGUCGCAGGAGUAUACGCUCUCUGCCUCUGCCUCACUCAAGGGCGACCGCAUCCGUCUAUGCUCCAGCGCCCUCCACGAGCUGCUGCAGCUGACAUCCGAGACUGCGGUUCCGCCUGUGGUUCUGCCGUCGCCGACCACCUUUGAACUCCAGUCGACCGAUCACCGCCGAAUCAAGGUCUAUGCCACCGUCGAAGAAUACACGGCCGACGAGGACCAGAUCCAGGUACCGCUGUCGAUAUGGGAGGCCUUUGUGCCUUCGCAAAGCAGCGCUCCAACAUCGACCCCAGCUCGAUCGGAGCUGGAGCCUGGCCCUGCCGACAAUGUCUCCCGCUCGGACGACCCGAUGCAAACCGAUCACCCUGCAGCGAGCGUCCGUGUCAAGCUCGUUGAGCUGCCCAAGUGCAUAUGGGCUCGCAUCGCACCAAUGGAGCCGGAUUACCUCGAGAUUGCAAAUAUGAGAGCCACCCUGGAGACCUACUUCCGCAAGUUCCAGACCACCGUCACAAAGGGCGAGAUUCUGCGGGUGCCCCACAUCAACCCCAAGACCAAGCAGCUCAAGGAACAUGGGUUCAUUGUGGCGGAUCUCAAGCCGGCUGACGCCUGUCUCUGUCUUAAUACCGACAUGGAGGUCGACAUUGCCCCGUUGGAUGCCUCCAUUGCCGAAGAAGCAGUGCGCCUCAAGUUCACCACCAAUAUCGGCCCGGUCCGCUCCGACAACUCUGGCAGGAAUCAGGUGCUGUACCCAGACACAGAUGCCCAACAUCCCACCGAGCUCAAGGCUGUCGUUGAGGGGGCUGUUCAGAAAGGCCGCUAUAUGCACUACUCGACAACUGCGACUGUGAUCUCUAUGUAUCGCUCAUUCAGGAGCAUCCCACGAGCCUCGAUCAUUCUGCCUACAAUGUCGACAGAGGAACAUCGGUAUUGAACGUGCCAAUGGAUUCGGUCGAAGGCUCACCGUUUAUCCAUAUAGGAGUCUACGGCUACGAGGGCGCCACCAGUCGAUACCGACUCACCGUACGAGCCCAGACCUCAAUCGGCGAUCCUGAACAGGGCACCUCCAGCUUGGACAGGCA